CGUCAAAUUCAUUCAUUAAUAAUCUCCUUGAAGCGCUAACGUUUUGUGACGGAUACGAGUCACUGACACUAGCUGUUUUACAAUGGAAUCCCAUCUUCAAAACACAAUCGUCUGCUUUGUGCUGCUUGCUGUCGUCAACGGUAACUUUGACGUACCCCCCUCGGUGUCUGGUCGUAUAGGAGCCAAGACUAGACUUGACUGUCGGUUAAAUGAUGGAUAUCGCUGGUAUGUCAUUUCGUGGUACAAACUCAAUUCUGACGGCACAAAAGAGCUCUUGGUCAGUCUACCGUCGGACACGAAAACUCCGGACUGGUCAUCGUCGGACUCGGGUUACCGAAGACGCAUGCGCCCGAAAAUAUCCAUCGAGAAAUUCCGGACGGAAUUCAACCUAGAGCUGACUCAUUUGUCGUGUGAAGACGAAGGGCAGGCGUUCCAGUGUAUCAUCAUUGGGCAGACGGGAACAAUGACUGGAAUAACCUACAUACACACACACAGUGAACCAAAAAGACCAGAAAUACAUUACGAUUACCUCUUUAUCGAAAUGAACUCGUCCUUUGAAAUCGAAUGUCAGGUGGAUGUGGGCUUUCCACCCAAACGGAUCGUGUGGAUGUACAAGUCCGCCUUUGACCACGAUUUUCAAGUGAUGGAGGUCCAACGGCCGCAGGUUCAAGUCUCCAGAGAGAACUGCCACAUUAUCGUCAGAAAACCAGUGCUGAUAUUUAUGAACAGAAAAAGUUCAGGGGCUGUGUACCGAUGCACGAUCGAAGGAUACGAUUACACGGAUCAGCAAUAUUUUGACGAAGUUACUGUACAGUUACCAAAAGUGGAGGUGGAGACGAUAUCCAAUCAACGUGGAUAUCGCGAGGAUGCCAAGUGCCCGGAUGUUGGCUGUAUCGCAGAGUCUAACUAUCCAAGUAACACGGCGACGUCCCUUAAUAUUGCGGUACGAACUGCCCUGCUCGCCGCAAUAUUGGUCUCAUUGUAGUACAUAAUUGAAAGCUGUAUUCAGUGGGUUGUGAAAACUGAAGAGUUGUCAACACAGCAACUUUUCAAUCAAUAGUCUUGGCAAUAUUAGAGGAAGCACAUUCAUGACCAUACCUAGCUUGUGAGAGAGAGAGAGA